AUGUCUGCAAGUUCGCCGUCUCCCAUGCCUCAGGCGGAGGAGUAUAAAUUUUGCGACGAACGUUAUUCCAAGGAAAUUUUAAAAAGACUCAACAAACUUCGAGAGAAUCAAGUCAUGUGUGAUGUAGUGAUUAGGAUCGACAAUCAGGAAUUUCCAGCGCAUCGAAACAUUCUCUCGGCAAGCUCAGAUUAUUUUUUGGCUAUGUUCAAUGGAAACAUGAAAGAAAGCGUGGAGCAGUCGAUAUAUUUGAACGGAGUUGGCGCGGAUACAAUGAGGGCCAUAUUACAUUUUAUUUACACUGGGGAAAUUUUUCUAAACAAGCACAACGUUGAGAACAUCUUACAAGCUGCAAAUCUGCUGUUAGUACAAACUGUAAAAGACGCUUGUUGUCGAUUCUUGGAAAGUCGUCUGACAAUAUCCAAUGCCCUAGCCAUUCAGGUUUUCGCAGAGAUCUACGCCUGCGAAGAUCUUUAUAGGACUGCUUGCGAGUUCAUAAAUCAAAAUUUCACUUACGUAUCUCAGACCGAAGAUUUUCUCGGUCUUUCUCCUCGCCAGUUGGCCGUAUUACUCCAAAGCGAUGAGAUCAACGCCGAGUCUGAAGAGAAAAUCUACGAGGCGCUGAUGCGAUGGAUUAAGAACGAUAUUCGAGCGCGUCGGCAACAUUUUCCCGAGUUGAUCAAAUUCAUUCGUUUGCCAUUGAUUUCUCCUUAUUAUCUGGUAGAUUUUGUCGAAAAAGAAUCUUUGUUUCAAUUGACCCCAUCUUGUAUGACUCUUCUGCUUGAAGCUCAGCAUUAUCACAUGUUGCCUGAAAGGAGGGUAGAAGUCGAUGCAAAUAAGACUCGACCGCGACAAUACGAGAAGUUACACGAAUCAUUGAUGGUCAUUGGGGGAAACGGGGACAUCACACCCCUUACAACAGUUUUUUCUUACAACACAAUGAAAGAUCAAUGGACGGAUUUGCCUAAACUUUCAAAAGAACGAGGUUAUCAUGGAAUUUGUGGUAUGGGCAGCCAUGUUUAUAUUGCUGGAGGCUACUCAUGUGUAAAUUCGGAGACUUUAAAUUCAGUCAAAUGCUACGACGCUCGUGACAAGACGUGGCAUUACGUUGCUUCAAUGAACGCAUCAAGAAGUAAACUAAGUAUGGCUGAAGUUGGUGGAGUCAUUUAUGCCAUGGGAGGUUUUGACGGCAGUACAACUCUAAAUACAGUUGAAAGCUAUACCAUCAGUACCAACAAAUGGAAAACCAUUUCGCCAAUGCCCAGCAGAAGGCGUUGCACAUGUGCAGUGUCACAUGGUCAAUACGUUUAUGUGUUGGGCGGCCAUGAUGGAUCAAAUAUUUUAAAUACAGUGGAACGAUACGACACAACAAAAGACGAAUGGAGCCCAACUGCGAUCCCCCAAAUGCACGACAGGAGGUCGUUUCCGUGCGCUGUGGUCGUAGACGAUCGCAUGUUUUGCAUAGGAGGCUACGAUGGCAACGAUACACUACGAACUGGCGAAGUAUACGAUUUCGAAAGCAAUCAAUGGACACCCAUUCCACCGAUGUUUAUUGCCAGGUCCAAUGCAGGCGCAGCUGUGCACAACAAAAAGAUCUACAUUGUAGGAGGCUGGGACGGAGUUAGUCUCGCAUCAGCUGAAGUCUAUGAUGUCGUCAUAGGAGAAUGGAAACGAAUUACGAGCCUACCGCGACCCACGACAGGGGUGCGAUGCUGCUUCAUUAGUCUUCAAAAUCAGAACAACGAUCUGAAGCCACUUCGACAAAAAAACUCUAAAGGCCAUUUAUGCAGUAUUAUGUAA